AUGUCGAUGCCAGGGCUCAAACCCAUUAUCUUCUAUGAUAUUCCCAGCGUCGUGCAGAAUGAGCCAUGGUCUCCAAAUACGAUGAAAACAAGAUAUUGUCUCACCUUCAAGGGUCUACCCUUCCAGACCGUCUGGCUCGAAUAUCCGGAGAUUAAGCCAUUCUAUGAGCAGCAUUCUCUCGUACCUACCACCUUGCGUGACAUCAAGGGAACCCCAACGCCCGUGCACACGCUCCCUGUCAUCAUGGAUCCCAAUACAAAUAGGUUGAUUACAGACUCCUUUGCGAUUGCACAGUACCUUGAUGAGCAAUACCCCGAUACACCGAAAGUACUGCCAAAUAACACAGCUGCGCUGGUGCACGUCUUUCACACUGCGUUCUAUGAUGUCACAAAGGGCACCGUCUUGCUGGGCAGUUUUAGAGGUGCUCAGAAGCUCAAUCCCGAGAGCAAGGAGUAUUAUAUUCGGACUCGUCAGGAGCGAUUUGGCAUUCCAUGGGAGCAGUUUGCAACGCCUGAGAAGAGAGAGAAACAGUGGAAUGCACUGCGUGCUGGAUGCGAUACCGUGGACGGGUGGUAUGCGACGAGCAGCGGUCAAUUCAUAUUGGGGGAUACACCGUGUUUUGCUGACUUCAUGGUUGCGGGACUAUGCAAUUGGGUACGGUAUUGCUUUGAGAGUCAGGAGUGGGAAGAAGUGAAGAGCUGGAAUGGAGGACGGUGGAGGAGACUGGUGGAGGCAACUGACAGGUAUCUUGAUUGUUCGAAGUAG